AUGUCACCAUUUGCCAAAAAGACUACAUGGAAGUUUUGCUUCGAGCUCCACAAGUGCAUACCUAAUUCGGAAAUUUUCUCUCGUAAAGGAGUGCCGCUGAAAAAAGUUGUAAAACAAGCUAUAUCGAAAUCUUAUACUGAUUUGCUUGUUAUUCAUGAAGAUCAAAAGAAACCUAAUGGAAUAAUCUUUUGUCAUUUGCCCGAAGGUCCGACAGCUUAUUUCAAAAUCAAUAGUUUAAAAUUUUCGAAGGACAUUGUGCACUGCGGCGAAUCUACUAGCCAUAAUCCUGAAGUCGUCCUUAACAACUUUAACACUCGUCUGGGCCACAGCAUUGCUCGAAUGUUUGCCUGUCUUUUUCCUCACGAUCCAAAGUUCACAGGACGGCGAGUGAUCGAGCACGACGAAGCCAAUGACGAAUUCGCACGGUACUUCAAUCGCGAAACUACUCCAAAAGUUCUAAUAACGAUGUCACCAUUUGCCAAGAAGACCACAUGGAAGUUUUGCUUCGAGCUCCACAAGUGCAUACCUAAUUCGGAAAUUUUCUCUCGUAAAGGAGUGCCGCUGAAGAAAGUAGUAAAACAAGCUGUAUCGAAAUCUUAUACUGAUCUGCUUGUUAUUCAUGAAGAUCAAAAGAAACCUAAUGGAAUAAUCUUUUGUCAUUUACCCGAAGGUCCGACAGCUUACUUCAAAAUCAAUAGUUUGAAAUUCUCGAAAGACAUUGUGCACUGCGGCGAAUCUACUAGUCAUAAUCCUGAAGUCGUCCUUAACAACUUUAACACUCGUCUGGGUCACAGCAUUGCUCGAAUGUUUGCCUGUCUUUUUCCUCACGAUCCAAAGUUCACAGGACGGCGAGUGGUGACUUUCCACAACCAAAGGGACUAUAUUUUCUUCCGGCAUCACCGAUACGAGUUCAAGAAAGAAGGACAGAAAGCGGCUUUGCAUGAACUGGGACCCCGAUUCACACUGAGGCUCAAGUGGCUUCAAAAAGGAACUUUCGAUACUAGAUGGGGCGAGUUUGAGUGGGUUCUGAAGCGCCACGAAAUGGAGACGUCCAGGCGGCGAUUCUUUUUAUAA